AUGCUAAGUGCUGAGCUGGAGAAUAUAUUUGGGCUACAAGCACCAUCACCUCUUGUAUUCAAGGAACAGGGCCCAGGAAUUGAAUUGCUUGCUGACCUAGUGUCCAAAUAUCUACUACGCAACUAUAAAGAGAAGCCUGUGCUGGCCAAGUGGCUUGAAGACCUGACUACUGCUGCAGAAGAAGUCUCAAAGGGCAAUCCAACUUCUAUCCAGCUUAAGCAAACUUCCAAGUUGUCAGUGGUACAGAAACAAACCAACAAGUACCUGGAACUUGAGGCCACAACCAAAAAAGCAAACAAGUGUGCUACAGAAAUGGCUAAAACAGCACAAGGGUGUAACUGGAGACAUGGAAUUGAUGACCUAGAGGAUGUACCAGAGGAAGCAACCCUGUACACAACAGGACAACAUGACUAUUCCAAAGUUGACAAGUUAGUUAUCAAGUGUAAAAGCAAGACAACAAACAAAAUCCAAUUUCAAUGUUCUGCAGCUGGUUGCCAAAAGUCCUGGACCAAUUGUCAGCCUCAGUGCCAAUUUGCUCAUGCAAUUGAAGAAUCUUGUUUUAUUGACCCUAAUAUGCUCACUGAGAUUUCUAUGGUGGCUAGUAAAAUUGCACUUGGAUCCAAAGUUGCAGAACUUGACUCCCAGCCCUCAGUAUUUUCUGCUGCUCCUGCUGCGGGCCAACAAGCCAAGCAACUUUGCUUUGACCUAUCAGAUGUUAACUAUGUCUGCACAGCACAGAUUCUCCCUAGCAAAGUUAAUCUCCCUGAGUUUGGCAAAAUGAUUCAAACAGCUGACUCCUAUACUACACAUAAGUCUGGCUCCUACCUUGCUCAGUGUCAACUUCCAAUGGAAUCAGCUAGGAUUUGUUGCAGCACAGUCAAAGAACUACAACUAUACAAGGACCUCACAAUAUCUUUUGACAGGGGGACAGCAAUUUGUCCACAAAGCUUCACCACCAUUCAUAUUACAACACCAGAUACUUGGGAAGCCCACUUGAUGAAGGCAGUUGAAGCGUCUGGCAUAUCUUGUACUGGGCAGUAUAAUUGUGAAGAGCUGAAGAAGGGACUGUCCAACGCUAGGCGGUUGACGCAAGCUCUUAGCGCCAGCACAAUAAAGCGCCCCAUAAGUCCUGAUACAGGCACCCUUGGCUACACAGCCCCCAUUUUCCCCAUCUUGCCCACCAUUACCUCCCGUACCCCCUCUUGCGCUUCCUCCCGCGCCUCCCAGCGCACCACUUCCCACCAAGGCCUCUCUUAUCCCCAUGAGAUGGCAACCUGUUCCUGGAGCUCCGCUUGUCCCCAAUCCCCUCUCAAUCAAGGAGAGUUGGGACCCACUCUUCCGGCAACUGCCGUUGAGUCAACAAGCCUUGAACCAGAGGUCUAUGGGGAAGUCUCCCUCAGCCAAGCAAUCUCCCUUAUCCUGGGAUUGCAAAAUCAAGUCCUCCGGCUUGAGCGGGAACUCAAAGAAACCAAGGAAGCAACAAAGGAAGUCCAAGACUGGAUGGGAGCAGUCAAUCAAGCCCUCACUUGCAUUGAGGCUAGGGGUGGAGCCCCGCAUACCCCAGAAGACCGGAAACCUCCGGCAGUCAAGGCCACGCCCAGGCCCUUACCAAAAACCAACCCUCUUCCAGCGCCUAGUGCGCCCCUUGUUGCCUGGGCCAAUCCCACCAAAGCCCCCCCUACCUUUGCUCAGCCAACCCCAGUCCAGGCUCCCCCAAGAGGCUAUACUCCCCCUCCGUCUUUGCCUAUCCGACUCCGCUCCCCCCAAGUCCCACAACCAGUGGCCCCUGUAGCCGCUUAUCAAGCCCCGGUCAAGGUGGACCACCCUGACGCCUAUACAGGGAAGAUAGGGAACAAGGCCCGUCAAUGGCUCACACAAAUGUUGGCAUGGGUGCAUCUAAAUCAACAGAUGUUCCCCACGGAUCAGGAAACCCUGUUGUUCCUCCUGAUGAACAUGAAGGACGUAGCAGGAGCCUGGGCUCACCCCCACCUUGAUCAACUUGGGUCUCACAGGGCCCUCAUCCAAACAGUUGGCAAGUUUAAGACAGAGUUUUUGGCUGCAUUUGGGGAUCCCAAUGCCAUGCAAGCCGCCAAGCGGCAAAUCACCCAACUUACUCAGACAGGGACCUGUGCUGAGUACAUCACAAAGUUUAGGACCAUUGCCAUGGACCUAGACUGGAACAACACCGCCCUUUGUGGGCAAUUUGCACAAGGCCUCCACUGGGAGGUAAGCCGCCUCAUUGCUACUUGGGAACGGCGCCCCACAACACUCCUCAAGCUGCAGAACGCGGCCCUGGUCAUUGAUAACGCCCUCCAAGAAGAGCGCGCCAGCCACCCAAGGGGUAAUAAGCCUGGCACCUUUACCACUACCCCCAACAGGGGGGCAAGUACCAGCCAACAAGCCACAAGACCAGGUUGCCUCUCCAGCAACCCCAACUUUGUCUCCAAGGAGGAGCAGAACCGCUGCAGGGCUGAAGGCCUAUGCAUCAAGUGCGGUAAAACAGGGCACAAAUUUGCGGAAUGCCGCACUGGCUGGAAAGCCACGUCUAAGGAGGAAGGUGUCAAAAAAGAAGCCACCAAGAAGAUCAAAGAAGGUAUGCCUAGACAUAGUACCCCUAGAAGCUCUGUGCUUCCUAGAGACAGCAUACCUACAGAUAGUCCCAGCAACCCUUUUGGACCUACUAGGUACUCUAUUGAGCAAUCCUCUCCUGAGGAGCUAGUGAUUCCCCAACCUAUCAAACCCUAUGAAUCACCCAUCAAGCCACAUGCUUCCAUGCCAGCCUUGGAAGACCCUCAAGCAGGACCUAGUAGCUCAAGAAGAAUAUCACCCCACUCUCAUAAGUCAUCAUCCAGACACUCUCCAAGAUUGUCUCCUUUGGAAUAUGAGGCUAUUCAGGAAGCAAACAAGCUAGCUAAGCCAAGUUCUUCUAUAAGGAAGCCUUCACCUUUUGGUCAUAAGGCUAGCUCAGCUACCUUCCAGAGGAUGAUACCUGUAUUUGGACUCCCUGAUAUAGAGAUGUUGGAACCUUCCUCUAGUAAACCUCAGCCCUCUGAGCCUAUGAACUCUCAUGAGCUUAAGAGAUCUAAAGGAAAGACUUCUGAAGCCCACAUAUCUAAGCAUAGGGAAACUCAAGCUGCCUUACUGGAUCCUAAUGAUAGGUCUUUUACUAAUGACCCAGCUAUCCAGAAGUACCUACCCUAUUCUCCUUCCACUACCUUAUACCCUUUAAAUGAAGAAUCUCCAGGAGAAUUCAACUAUCAGCCUGACUGUACCCAAAUGACCUCUUGGUGUAGGAAGAACCCUCAAGCUAAUAGCUUUAGGAAAGUCUACAGGCAGCUAGGAAGAGUAUUCUAUCAUGUGGAGAUACCUCCAGCCCAUGAGAAUCGCUACCCCUCACCUUCUUGUGAGCAAUGGGCUUCUCACUACUUCAAACUACUAGAUACUGUAGUAACCUUUAGACCUACAUGUCGCAUUACUACCAAGCUAGUUCCUGCUCAAGAAAUCAACCAUUGGCCUGAAUAUGGUAAGUUACACAUAGACCUGAAUAAACUAAUCAAGAGAACUGUUCAUAGCGUCUAUGACAUGGAGGAGCUAUUGCCCAUUCCUGAAUGGCCAGAACAUGACUGUUUAUUUACCUCUCAUUCCUUUGAGGUAGCUGCUGUCACUUAUAGGGAUCAGAUGGAGCGUUUCAUUCAGAAGCUAUAUGAGAUCCUUGGUAGACAACUUCAGACUGGACCACCUUCCCCAGUCAUCUCUGCAGGACAUCUCAGUGAGGUAGAACCUGGACAAGAACACCUUAGGGAUAGGACCCUACAACUCAAGCAAGAUAUGACCCUUUUAGUGCCCAAAAGUUCUAGAGCCUCUUCUGUCACUCCACAGGAGGCGGCUCAAGAAAACUUACUAAGGAGUCUUAUCAAACCCACUAGUCAAGUUACUAUUGCUAGUCCUUUACUUCCAGAUCCUCAAGUUUCUCCUCCAACUGUAACCCUGCACACCUCCAGUAGCACUCCUCCAGGACAACCUCCUAGUAGUCUUCAUUCAUCCAAAGCCUCUCUUACUGUUACUAUGCAACCAAGGUAUUUAGGACCUGAUAAUGGAACCACACUUAUUCCCUCAGAACCUUUACCACCACCUCCUAGCUCUAUUGCUACUUCUUCCUCUAGAUCUAUACCCUUAGGAAGAAUACCAGAAGAGUCACCCCAUGUAACAUUACAAGUCCCAUCUACCUUAGAGAGGACUGAGAGACUUAGGAGAGAAGCUGCUAGAUCUAUAGGACCUAGACCACCUACUCCUAGGCCCACCAUAGUCCCUUCCACUAGUUCAGAAGAAACCUUACCAUCAUCACCUAGAGGUAAUGCAAGUGUUCCUAUUGCACAACCUUCAGCUAUACCUCCUUUCAAUAUACAAGCCCUUGAAGACUACAUCAACAAUCUUUCAGAUGGAAGUAUAGAUGGCUUAAGUUCUUCUGAAUCAUCAACUGGAAGAGACCAAGUAGCCCCAGAACUAAUAGCCCCAGCUACUCCUGCUGAUUCUAUUACUUCUGUCUCAAGUGCUGCUACUCAUACCAUGCAAAUUCCAGUAGCACAGUCUACUCCCAGGAUUAGGAGCCAAGUAGAAGAGGAUCAUGUUAGGAAUAUACCUUAUAAUCCACCUUUAAGCAACGCUGCUAGAAGAGUUAGCCUUGCAGGCCCAAGUAUUCCUCUUAGAGAUCCACCUCCACAUGCUGACUUCAUUAAUCGCAGAUCUUCCUUGGGAGCAAAUCGGCGAUCCUCAGGAAGACCAGCUAUACCAGCUGAAUCCUUUACCAGAGUAUCUACAAUCCCAGAAGAGCGCUCCUCUAGACUAGCUGAAAGUGCCCACAGGAGACCUACCUCCUCUCCUGAAUCAAGAAGAACUCCUCUAAGUAUCCAUACCAAUUUACCUUACUUACAGGAGCAGCCAGCACCAGUUACUAGGGAAGAAGCUAAUAUGAGUAGGAGAGGAAACUUCUUAGCCCCUCUACUAGCACCUGUCCCACAACUUCAAGUACCUCCAGCACCACCCAUUGACAGGACUAGGUUACCUCCUCAUAUUAUAGGACGUAUGGUCUCCUCUAGAAGGUUUAGUGAGCUGUUUAAUGAUCCACCUCCUAGGGAUCAACUUAGAGAUAGACUAGCUCCCUUAGCUGAAGGAGGAGGAGGAAAUGACCCACCAUAUGAUAGCAAUGAGGGAGAUUUUGAUAACUCUGGUAGAAGAAGGAACAAUCCACCUAGAAGAAAUGGAGGAGGACCUCCCAACGACCCAGAAGAUCCAGGAAAUGAACCAUAUGCUCAAGCAAAUGCAGCUAGAGCUAGACCUUUCAAUCCAGCUCCUGUACAUUUUGAUACUAAGCUGAAACCUGACAUAAUCCCAGAGUGGGAUGGAGACACUAAGAAGCUGUCGCGCUGGAUGACAUCCAUCAACAACAUAGCUGAGUAUAGUAGCUACACUAGAAUUCAGCUUGGACAGCAGAUUCCUCUCAGGUUCACAGGAAGAGCUCUUAGAUGGUUCAAUGCAUUAGAUAAGGACUAUAGGCGAACUAUAACUGAAGACUGGCCAGCACUUAGGCAAGCUAUCACUAUCCACUUCAUGAAUAGGACCUUCCUGAACAGAAGCAAGAAUGAAGCCAUGCGCAUCAGGUUCAGGGAUAAAGAUCAUUCAGAAGAGACUCCAGAAGACUAUGUCAUCAGGAAGAUGGAAGCUCUCACUAUUGUCAGUGACUGGACUGACUCUGAAUUAAUCUUUGAAAUCAUGAAUGGUGCUCCUAAGUCCUGGACCACGCAUAUAGACACCUCAAGAAUAGUCACUUGGGAAGACUUCCUUGACAAGAUUGCAUGGCAUGAGGAGGACCUUUUGGGAAAAGAUUCUUCUCAUAACUCUGACAUACAGCGUCAACUACACCAGAUGCAAUCUACUCUCAAGAGACUAGAAGGAAACAGGCACUCUAGGCCAAGUGCGCGCUCACACUUAGCAGGAUCUAAACCAGUAGGAUGGCAUCAAAAUAAUCCUCCACCAAAAUACCCUAAGGAUGACUCUACAGUAUCUAAAGGUAAAACUCCUAAAGACAAGAAAGCUAGACCUUGUAGACACUGUGGAAGUAUGAUGCACUGGGAUAGAGACUGUAAGCAUGCCAAGAAGAACUCCAGAUUUGUGCGAUCACAUAUGGCACAAGCAGAUGAUGAUGAAUGGGAAGCUCAGGAAGCUUAUGAAGAUCUCUGUGAUGAAGCCUACCUUGAUGAAACAGAAUAUGACACUGAAGGAGAAGAGUCUGUUUCUGAGGAAGAGCAGGAUUUUCAUAAGCCCCUUCAGUCAUUAGCUGUCUCUACCUCCAGCGCUAAGCCCAGCUCUGGAUCCCAGGAGGAACAGCAUGGUCUGGAGGGGACCACUGUCAGCCAGGGUACUAACUCUGCUGACCAGGGCAGUAAGGAAUCUGAUUCAUCUGUAUUCUCUGGAUAUGUACAACCCAAGCUCCCCACUAGGAAGAGCCUUAAUAAGAAACUGAAAAUGGCUAGUAGUCAUACAGCUACUGCCAAGAAUGGAGAAGAAAUCACUCUCAAGCGAUUAAUGUCAAGACCACCAGGAACUGCCUUCUUUGGAUCUAAAGCCACCAUCAUCAAAGGUUGGCUUCAGACAAAUAAUGGACCUAAGAAGCGCAUCACCUUUGACUCAGGAUCAGAGAUCACUCUCAUUAAUGAGUCAAUACUUAAAACUCUAGAUCCAUCACCUAGAGUGCGCAUUGGACAAAAACUCAAGUUAAUUCAAGUUACUGGGAAUAGUAGCUUAUCACAGUAUAUUUCCCUUCCUAUCAUCUUUGAUACUGAACAAGGAUUAGUUAAAAUGAUUGUAGAAGCCUACAUAGUUCCUAACAUGAACACACCUUUUAUCUUAGGAACAGACUUUGCAUCUCAGUAUCAACUGUCAUUAGUUAGGAAUGGAGAAGGAACAAGGAUAGUUUUUGGGGAUACAGGACGUUCUAUUCCUGUGGAAGAAUCAGAUUCCAGCCCAAGAAUUGACCAACAAGGUAAUACCUUUAUGGUUGAAGUUGCGCAAGGAUUCAUCAAGAAUUCUGAGAAAAUCAAGAUCUCUAAGAAAGCCUACAAGAAGCGACUCCAACAUAGGAAAUUACCUCCCAAUACUGUCAAAGUAAAAGUCUAUGAGACAGUUACUAUCCCAGCGCAUACCAUCAAGCUCAUCAAAGUCAAGACAAUAUGGAAGGAAGGUCAAGCCUCUGGUUUUAUGGACAGAUCUUUCAAUUCCCAUCGACAAGAAGAACAUCUGUUUGCAAUAACAGACUGCCUGAUAGAUAGGAACAAUCCUAAGAUUCAGGUUUCUAACCUAUCAGAACAUCCUUUAAGAUUGCAAGGAGGAGAGAUUCUUGGAUAUAUGCAUGAUCCCAACGAAUACCUUGCAAAGGAAAAGGACAUUACUAAGGAAGAAAAAGACAGCAUUAUCAAGUAUGCUACCUUAGUACAAGCCAUGGUGCAGAGGAAAGCUGAAGAAAAGCCUACUGUGCAAGAAGAGGAAUUAAUGAAGUCACCUGAAGGAGGACCUAAGACUGCUGAAGUACCUGACCCAGAACCUGUCCCUUCAGAUAGAUUUCUUCAAGAAGUUAAUUUCUCAGAACAUCUCACCCCUAAUCAAAGGACUAAACUAGAAAAGGUUUUGCGCAAGCAUGAGUUAGCCUUUGGAUUAGAUGGUAGACUUGGUACUCAUAACACUCAACUGGAAAUUAGACUAAGGCCAGGAACUAAAGAAAUAUCUCUAACCCCUUACCAUGCUUCUCCAGCUAAAAGAGAAGUCAUUGACAAGCAGAUUGAGGAAUGGCUUAAACUUGGAGUCAUUGAGCCAUCCAAGAGUGCUUGGGGAUUUCCUGUCAUAGUAGUCUAUCGCAACAGUAAACCCAGAUUAUGUGUAGAUUAUAGACGUCUCAAUGAAGUAGCUGUACCAGAUGAGUAUCCCUUACCAAAACAAACUGACAUCUUGCAUGCCUUGGAAGGAGCUCAAUGGCUUACUACCUUAGAUGCGCUAGCUGGUUUCACUCAGCUAACCAUCAAAGAAGAAGACAGAGAGAAACUUGCUUUCAGAUGUCACAACGGCCAUUGGCAACCUACCAAACUACUCUUUGGAUAUAGGAAUGGACCAGCAGAGUUCCAGCGUGUCAUGAAUAGGAUACUUUCAAGAUUUCUAUGGCAAUUUGCCCUAGUAUAUAUUGAUGACAUAGUGAUCUAUAGUGUUAAGUUUGAAGACCAUUGCAAUCACUUAGAUCAAGUCUUAGGAGCUAUUGAAGAAGCUGAAAUCACCCUAUCUCCAAAGAAAUGUCACAUUGGAUACCAAUCACUACUAUUGCUAGGACAGAAGGUAUCAAGAUUAGGUCUAUCAACCCACAAGGAAAAAGUUGAUGCUAUCUUAGAGUUGGAACCCCCUAAAAAUGUUCCUACCUUACAGACUUUCCUAGGGAUGAUGACUUAUUUCUCUAGCUAUAUUCCCUUCUACUCAUGGAUUGUAGCGCCUUUGUUUAAGCUUCUCAAGAAAGGAACAGCUUGGUCUUGGGAGGAAAAGGAACAACAAGCGUUUGAACUUGCCAAAGAGGCCCUUGCAUCUGCUCCAGUAAUGGCUUAUCCUAUUAUUGGAAAACCUUACAGAUUAUAUACAGAUGCAUGCGACUAUGGCCUUGGAGGAAUAUUACAGCAAGUCCAAUUAAUCAAGAUAAAAGACUUAAAAGGGACAAAGGCAUACAAGUACCUAAAGGGGGAAUAUGAUAAAGGAAACCCAGUUCCCAGAAUGACAAUUCCUGCUUCCAAGCAGAGAGACGACGUGACUGGGGGGGAUACAUGGGAUAAGCAAGACUUUGAAGAAACAACUGUACAAGUGGAGCAAGUCAUUGCUUAUUGGUCAAGGAUUCUAAAAGAAGCAGAAAGAAACUACUCCCCAACAGAGCGCAAAGCAUUAGCCCUCAAGGAAGCACUUGUGAAAUUUCAGGUAUACUUGGAAGGAGCUGAAUUUGUUGCUAUUACAGAUCACGCCGCUCUCACCUGGAGCAAGACUUACAAUAAUGUCAACAGAAGACUCAUGACAUGGGGCUUAGUAUUCUCAGCCUACCCAGGAAUGCAGAUUGUGCACCGCGCAGGAAGAGUACAUGACAAUGCAGAUCCUAUCUCAAGACUUAGGAGGAGAACCCCAUAUCAUACCAGCCCUCUGGCAGAUCAAUCGACUCCACUCAAGCUCAAUAUGGAGGAAGACCCAUUAAGAAACCUCUACAAGGAGAUAAAUGAACGUUUUGAAGAGAAACUUCUUAGAGUUGCAAGCGCAUUCACCCAGAGUUACAAAAUUGGAAAUAGCCAGAAGCCCAUCAAGAAGUGGAUACCCACACCGGCAGAAGCUAUAUCUUAUCAAACAACUACCUCAUACUCUGUGGAAAUAUCAAUAAACUCAGAAGAAAUCACAAGGUUCAUAGAAGCAUACAAGAAGGACUCCCAUUUUAAGCAAGUGAUGGAAGAGUUUAAGUCGCACCACAAUCCACUCAAUCCACCCUUCCAUCAAUACCAGAUAGGAGAUAAUGGAUUGAUCUACUUUAUAGAUUCCCAGGAAAAGUAUCGGCUAUGUGUACCUAGGGAUCUACAAGUAGAUAUUUUGAAGGAAAAUCAUGAUAACCUCAAUCAAGGAGCACAUGCUGGUUAUGCUAAGACAUAUCAUCGAAUUGCUUCUGUUUACUAUUGGCCUAAGAUGGCUAGAAGCAUUCAGAAGUAUGUACACACUUGUGAUAUCUGUCAGAAAGCAGGACAUCGACGGCAUGGACCCAGAGGAUUCCUUCAACCUUUACCUAUUCCACAGCAACCCUUUGAAGUAGUAUCAAUGGACUUCAUCAUGGAUCUUCCACCAAGUAACAACUACAACGCUAUCCUAGUUAUUGUGGACAAACUAACUAAGUAUGGACAUUUCAUCCCAUGUACUACUCAGAUAGAUGAAGUACAAACAGCGCAACUGUUCCAUGAUCACAUAUGGUGUCACUAUGGUUUACCUCGGCAAGUAAUCACUGAUAGAGAUGCUAGAUGGACAGGAGCCUUUUGGGGUCACUUAGUUAGUAUGUUAGGAAUUAGGCGAGCACUCACCACUGCACAUCAUCCUCAGAGUGAUGGGCAAACAGAGAUACUUAAUCAAACUACAGAAGUGGCUAUUAGAGUAUUCACUAACCCAGCUAAGGACAAUUGGAGUAAGCUUCUAUCAGGAUUUGCGCACUCAUACAAUACAAGUGUGCAUACAUCCACACAACAGACACCAGCCUUCCUACUCCGCGGAUUUCAGCCUCUAACAUCAGCCGACUUACUGGCUCUCACUUCUGAGAACAUUCCAAGACCAGCCCAAGAAAGUCAAACAGCUGAAGAAUUCAAGGAAUCCAUGGAAUUAGCACGAUCAUUAGCUAAGGACGCUCUCAAAGUAGCUCAGAAUUAUCAACAGAAAUACUAUAAUUCUGACAAGACACAUGUUACCUUUGAGCCAGGAGAUUUAGUCUUAAUCAAUCCCCAUUCCUUAAACUUACUCAAACAUCAGUCAGGGAAAGGGAAUAAGCUAAAUAUGCGUUAUGAAGGACCAUUUGAAGUUAUGGAAAGCAUAUCACCAGUAGCAUAUAGGAUAAGAUUACCUGCUAGCUAUCGCAUACACCCAAUCAUUAACAUAGCCCACUUGGAAUCUUACAAGGCAUCACCCCCAGAGUUUGGAAGCCGACCCACUCAGAAUAUACCUAGAGAAGACUUCCAACAGAUGCCUGAAUAUGAGGUGGAAAGGAUAGUAGAAGAAAGGACAAUAAAGAAAGGCAACAAGAGAAUUAGGCAGUACAAAAUCCGUUGGCUUGGGUACAGCUCAGAACAUGAUAGAUGGAGGACAGAGAAAGAAUUAAGGAAUGCUCCAGAAGUAAUCAAAGAAUGGAAGCGAACCUCUGGCUCCACUAUCCAUCCCAAUCACAGGAAGAAGAAGGAGUUCUAA